AUGCCUCGGGACCUUGACUUGUUCUACCUAUGUCUUCAAGAGCUCACCAGAUUCAGCAGUCAACAAGUCAAUAAAUUAAAUGAGCUUCAUGAUGUAGCAGCCCGGAAAGGACUCCAGCUUUGGUACUGGUAUUGUCGUGCCGUUCAUACUUCUACCCACGAUCAUUGGAUGCCGGGCGAGUGGGUAGAGGUCUUCCUUUUCAUCGUCAAUCACGUCUCUCAAGCCACCAUUGGUGCCUUUUACGCAUACCUUACACGCUCGGGCUAUAUUCAGAGACCGUCCUCGCCGUCUGCAGGCCUACAAUAUAUGGAGGAGGAAGCCGUUCUAUUUGGCAUUCUGUAUGGCUUCUCCGUCCUCAUGUUCAUGAUGACUCUCUGGAUCCUCACCCGGAAUCGGAGGAAGCAACGACUCAACUACGCCCUGAUCACAGCAGCUUGCUCUCUUCUGGUGUUGACGACAGCUGAGAUGAUCGUAAACAUUGUCCGCAUCUGCGAUGGGUUUCUAAGUGUUGGGCCUGCACUUCCUGGAGGGCCCGUUCAAUAUUUCAACGACAUUUCUCAACGAACGUUCCUUAUCAAAAGUUGCCUCUUCAACACACAGACACUUAUACUCGACGCGGUCGUGAUCUACCGCGCAUAUGUUGUCUGGCAGAACAGUCUUCUCGUCGUGGCUCUUCCUAUUCUUGUAUGCUCCAUCGCCAACAAUAUCGCUCUUGGGACGCUCCCCCAGGACACCGACAAUAUCUUCGCGAAUGCGAAGGCUACUGGCCGAUGGAUUACCGCUGUAUACGCCAUGACCCUGGCGACUAACCUUACCGCCACCAGUUUACUCGCAUUCCGCAUAUGGAGAAUUAAUCGAUCCGUCUCCCAGUACCGCAUGACGGAUCGUCUAUCCCCAAUUCUCCGCGUCGUGAUCGAAUCCGGAGCGAUAUACUCUGUGACUAUCACAGCCGCACUUGUCGCUUUCGUCGUCCACACCCCAGGAGUUUACGUACUCCUCGACCUGAUCUCGCCCAUCAUCGCCAUUGUCUUCAACAUGAUCAUCAUCGGCGUCGGCAUGGCCUCCGACCGCCUCUUUGCCAGCCAGAACACGACGACGCAACAAACCACCACGGCCGACAUCCGUGACUUCGAACGCGCUCAACGCAACGCAGCCGGUGCUUUUCGUCUCGCACGGAUCGCCAAUGGGAGUAUCGACGGACACGAGAUGAAGUCUAUCGCUGUGCAUAUUACGCAGCAUCGCGAGACGGACGUGGCUAGGUAUUCGUAUGGCUUUGAAGGUGAGAGUGCUAGCGGGAGUGGUCGUGGUGGUGUUGGAGGGUAUGGUCGUGAUGCGGAUAUGGAGACAGAGACGGAGAGGACGAAAUGCUCUAUGGAACAUUGUGAAGGCGAUGAUGGUGUCAGGGAUUCCGUCGCUAUUGUCGAACAUCCGGACAUGUCAAACUGAACGAUACGGUCGCUCAUUUAUGCCACUCUUAUGUUCUGUCCGUCUCCCAUCAGGACGAUGUAUGCACGAUACCC